GCGCGUUCGCGGGUCUUUUCUCUGGAAACUUCGGUAUUGGACGCACAUCAGUGCUACGAUUCUGUAACUCGUGAUUGAAGUUAACGACAGUUUCGUUGCGCAACUUUUCUACGGUAUACAAAAGCUACGCAACGAAAAACUGUCGUUAACUCCAAUAACGAGUUACAGAAUCCCAGCACUGGAGUAUUCUCCAUCCUCACGUCCGAUCAAGCGGCUGUCAGGAUUCUCGUUGCGACGCGCAACACUGUGACGACGGCCGGUUUCCACGUACGAGGCACUACGACACAUCGCUAUGUAGGAUGAUCCUCCACGGCGCGAUCUGUUGACGAAGUAUGGGGUGGUUCUUCCUUGUCAGUGUUUUGCUACUCUCCUUAUGCGCAGCGGGAGCACCGUUGCCGCAGAGCGGUGCUGGAGCAGGGACCCACGGUCAGCCGCAGACCGGUUCGCCGAGCACCCCGGGCCCCGGCGGUGGCGGUGGUGGUGCUUCCGGUGGCGGCGGCGGUGUCGGAGGCGGCGGUGCUACCGGUUUCUCGACUGGCGCUGCAGGAGCCGCGUCCUUCGGCCUCGGCGUGUCCGGUGGGGCCACUGCUGGUGGUGGCUCGACCGGAGGUGGUGCCGGCGGCGGUGCCGCCGCCUCCGGUACCGGCUGGUCCACGGGACCGGCCCGCCGGGGCCGAGGUUGGCGCGACUGGCGCCGCGGUGACCCCACUCUCAUCAAGGGCUUGUGGAAGUCGAAGGGUCCGCUAGAUUCGCUAGGCAAGGCGGAGAUCUACAUCAUCGUGGCCCUGUUGAUCGGCUUCAUCACGGUGGUGAUCGGCUGCUGGUUAUCCGACAACUGCUGGUCGCCCGAGCCAGAAGGGGUGGUCACCCUCGCAUAGCCUAGUGCCGACUUCCGUGCCUCUAGGCGAUAACAACUACUACGACGCCCCUCGUACAGGAUUCUCCAGGACCUCGGCCGCUACUCGGAUCGACGUAACGCACCCGUGGGCAACCUAGCGAACCAUCGACCGUUGCUUGACAUCAACGACAAUGACACGCUGUUGCGCGUGUGAGCGCGCCGCGCGACCCAGGGACCUUUACCUACAUACCUACGCGUCUUGUCGAGAGGAUCUCGAUCCU